UCUCUGGCCCUGGGGUGACAAGCAGCCUCUUUCACUUGGUCACUGUGGCCCUGGCUCCCCCUUCCUCGGGAACUGUCAAAGUCGCUGAAGCUCUUGGUGGGCUCUAUUGCCCCAACAAGCUCAGAGAUGGCAGUUCCCACCGAAUCCUGCCUCUUGGUCUAUCUGCUCACCCUCGUGACCCUACAGCUGCCCACGCUGGAGUCGGCAGCUCCCUUCGAUGUGACCGCACCUCAGGAGCCAGUGCUGGCCCUAGUGGGCUCAGAUGCCAAGCUGACCUGUCGCUUUUCCCCAAACGCGGGUUCAGAGCACAUGGAGCUGCUGUGGUUUCGACAGACGAGGUCGCCAUCGGUACUUCUAUACCGGAAUGGCCAGGAGCAGGAGGGCCAGCAGAUGACGGAGUACCGCGGGAGGGCGACGCUGGUGACAGCCGGGCUCCUAGACGGCCGCGCUACUCUACAGAUCCGAGGUGUCAGGGUCUCAGACCAGGGGGAGUACCGGUGCUCUUUCAAAAACAACGACAACGAAUCCAAGGAAGCCGCUGUACUUCUCAAAGUGGCUGCUGUGGGCUCAGAUCCUCACAUCAGUAUGAAGGUCCAAGAGAAUGGAGACGUGGAGCUAGAGUGCACCUCCUCCGGAUGGUACCCAGAGCCUCAGGUGCAGUGGAGAACAGCCAACGGAGAGACGCUACCAUCCACAUCAGAGUCCCAGAAGCAUGAUGAGGAAGGCCUGUUCACUGUGGCAGCUUCGAUGAUGAUCAGGGACAGCCCCAUAAAGAAUGUGUCCUGCUGCAUCCAGAAUAUGAUCCUUGGCCAGGGGAAGGAAGUAGAGAUCUCCUUACCAGCUCCCUUCAUGCCAAGGCUGACUCCCUGGAUAGUAGCUGUGGCUAUCUUCUUACUGGCCUUAGGACUUCUCACCAUUGGGUCCAUACUCUUCACUUGGAAACUAUACAAGGAAAGAUCCAGUCUGCGGAAGAAGGAAUUUGGCUCUAAAGAGAGACUUCUGGAAGAGCUCAGAUGCAAAAAAGCUGCAGUACAUGAAGUUGAUGUGACUCUGGAUCCAGACACAGCCCACCCCCACCUCUUCCUGUAUGAAGAUUCAAAGUCGGUUCGAUUGGAAGAUUCUCGUCAGAUCCUGCCUGAUAAACCAGAGAGAUUUGACUCCUGGCCCUGUGUGUUGGGCCGUGAGACCUUUACUUCAGGGAGACAUUACUGGGAGGUGGAGGUGGGAGACAGAACUGACUGGGCCAUUGGUGUGUGUAGGGAGGAUGUGGUAAAGAAAGGGUUUGACCCCAUGACUCCUGAUAAUGGGUUCUGGGCUGUGGAGUUGUAUGGGAAUGGGUACUGGGCCCUCACCCCACUCCGGACCCCUCUCCGCUUAGCAGGGCCCCCUCGCCGAGUUGGGGUUUUCCUGGACUAUGAAUCAGGAGACAUUUCCUUCUACAACAUGACUGACGGUUCUCUCAUCUAUAGUUUCCCUAGCAUGUCUUUCUCUGGCCCGCUCCGUCCCUUCUUUUGUCUGUGGUCCUGUGGUAAAAAGCCCCUGACCAUCUGUCCAACUGCCAGUGGGCCUGAGAAAAUCACAGUCAUUGCUAAUGUCCAGGACAGCAUUCCCUUGUCCCCGCUGGGGGAAGGCUCUGCUUCAGGACACAGAGAUGCUACCUUUCUCGCCUAGCCAAGCAGCACCGUAACAAAUAUCCCACCUUGAUGCCCGCCUUCCUUUGACUAGUUCCUAGUGCCCCGAAGCUUAAGCUGCCAGCUUCUCUCGGUCCUGUUUCUUCCUGCUGGAUGGAGAUUAACUCACAUUGGGAAGGUGUAGGCUGCUGCCAGACAAGGCAGGAGGAAAGGCCACCCUGGCUUGUUUCCGUACUGACAUUGGGGAGGUUGGGAGCUGAAUCCUAAACUAUUCCCAGUGCUCAUAUUCCUUCAGGCCAGAGCCUUCACAGGAGGACUUGAUACAAUCCCCUGAGGGACCAAGAGGAAUUAGGUUGGCAUGUAAUUAUGGCAGAAACAUCUGGAAUAGGGUUUCUAAAACAACAGGUUUUAGGUAAGGAAAAACCAAACCAAAUGGCAGAAUGCUAAGAAAGGAAGAUACUGGGCUAAAAUCCUCUAAAGGGACUUAGAGGAGACGUGACAGGCAAGUGAAGUGAAUUUGGUCUAAUUAGAUACACUUGUCCUGUCCCUAGGGUUUUUCAGUUAUAUCUCAAUUUUUUUCUUAAUUAAAAUUUUAAGAGAGCUUCAUACAUGUAUAAAUGCAUUCUAAUUACACUCACCUCCCUCUAUUCUGUCUUAU